GGUACAACUUCAAGCAGAUGCUCCUGCCUCAAGCACUGCCCUGUAGCAAACAAUUCCAUGCUUAUAAAGUCGUUCACAAUCUCCCAAUCUCGUGGGCUCAAACAUGUGCUUGAGUUCGAGACAUAAUUCCUCGCCGGAGAGAUGGCGGAGGUCAGCGUCAUUGUGGCAGCUGUUGCCAAGCUCGAGGCAGACACACAACACGUGAGAGGAGAAGGUCUUGAAGAUCUGAAACGCGUCCUGGGGCAAGAGAAGGUCGCCUCAAAAAUCGAUGUACUUGAGGACGAUAUCUUCCACAAGAUUCUUGAACUGCUAUACAAGAUUGUCUACAAGGAGAAGCCAGCAUUUUUCCGAGCCACGAAGCCAACGACCAAGAACAAUGCAGCAUCUCGACUGGAAGUUGCAGCCGCUGCCUUCCGCCUUGUGGUGGAGGCCGGCACCCCCAGACUCAGCUUCAAGACUGCUCUUUCCGUGUUGGACCAUAUUGCAGACACGCUUCCCUCGGCUGAUGGGACGUUCUGCGAACCAUUGAAGACCGACUAUCUCAAGAGCUUCAGAACAAUCCUGGAAUACGCUCCGCAUACCGAACAUCUGCGGUCCAAACAAUGGCAAAGCUACGUCGACUUCACUCUGUCUUCACUUUCCACAGGUCUGGAGGAUGAACCAGGUACUGAUGAUUUCAUCUCGAGUCGGGACACUAGCACGGCUUCACGGAAUGGCCACCAGCAGUCAGUACGAUUGAGCCAAAGAACUGCCAGAAGUGCUGGAAGAGAUGUUGCAUCGCACGCCUCCGAUAUCGUUGCUGCUCUGAGAAGCCUGACUUCUACGACAAACGCUCCCGUCAUGUCACGCUCAGAAGCCAUUGCCGAGACACUUCUGACUCUCCUGCAAUCUGCUACCAGAGCUCAAGAAGUAAUUUUCGAAACUUUGAACAACAUCAUUUUUGUUUCUUUGACAGAGAAUGUCGCCUUCACCCAAAGCCUGCUUUCCAGGCUGAUCCCUAUCACGCGGCGAUUAUGGUCCACACGAUCAUCUUUAUUACGAGAACAGAUGCUUGUCACGUUGUUUACUUGUCGGUACCUCUUCCUUACUACGGGAGACCCAUGGCUGUCAAUUGAUAAGGAAAGUCUGCAAGCGCUCCUGGACAAACUGUGGUCGGAGUAUCGAGCGAGAAGCGAAAGAGACAUUCUGCAAUUUGACGACAUGCAGAUGUCAAGGCCAGGACAGCUUCUCCCCCUGCAACUGAGGCAAUUUAUGCCCCUACGAGACUCUUGCAAGGCUCUGUCAUGCUGGAUGACAUUGUCGAUCAUAGCUUGUCUUAUCCUGAGGGUGAGUAAUCAAAAUCAAGCUACGCCACCUGCGGAAUUGCCAGUAGAGAUACCCCGCAAGAGACAAAAGAUUCAAGACCCUUUCGACGAGGUCUUGGAGAUCGCGCGGCUUGGGUCAGGACAAGAAAAGCUGGUGGCUUUGCAGAUUAUUCUCUUUCUCUUUGAUCAGCCUCAACCUACAAAAGCGGAGUCACUCCGUGGACUUUCGAGCCUGUUGCAUGACCUGCGGCACGAAGAUGGCAACAUUCAGUCCUGGACGUUCUUGGUGUUCUCUCGAUUAUUGCUCCACAACGCACCUGGUAUCAAGGUCGCUUCCAGUGUCUGGCUUGAGGUCUGGGAAUCCGCUCGUAGAGCAUUGUCUAUCCCUGCAUGUGUCAGGGCGGCAUGCCACACUAUGAACGUCAUUCUUCAGACUCGCAUCCUUGGUCCGGCAACGACCGGUGGCCUGGUGGACAUAGCAUUGUUCGGUGGCGGCAACAACGGACCGUGCAUUCUCACCGACACCGCGCUUGACAUGGUCGCCACCACCCUGCGGUUGAACAUGUUCGACGAUGACAAGCGCUUUGAAACGUUCUGCCUCAAAGUACUCGGCUGGUUGAGUGUGCAGUGGACCCUGCCCUCCAGUCUGGAUCGCCUCCACAAUGCGCACGUUGCCUCGCAUGCUCAACCCGAGUUGUUGUAUUCACUGUUGGUCUCCAUUUGUGGGACUUUUGACUCAACCAGUAGCAGACCAGAUUGGUCGCCAGCUCAUUCUUUAUGGAGGAUGUCCCUGAUACCUUCCGACGACGCUGGAUUUCUCCAUUUUCUCCUUGGUCUACCUUCACAAGAAGACCAAAGUGUCCAACGGAGUCGAUCUGACCUCCACCAUGUUGACCCACUUGUCCGUUCUAGGUUGACUCGAUCUGUGCUCGAGUUCCUUUCUGGCCGAUUGACAGAGUUCAUCCAAGCAUGGGAAAUUAUUCAUGCCGAAAGAAGCUCAAACAUUACAAAUGAUGUUGUGGCUAUCCUUGCCGUGGCGUCAACAGUGGCGUCUGCUGUCUGGACCCGUUGUAGCAAACUGGUCCACGAAUCUCGCCCUGAUCGACUCUAUCCGAGAAGCCGCGACAUUCUCGAACGGUUUGUGCGCAGCCAGAGUGGUGAUUCAUUCCGCAACAUUGCGACUCGCAUCUGUGACUGCGUGAUCGGGCUUCAUACCCAGCUUUCUCACACGGAUCCCGAGGUCUCUUGCGAAGAGUAUCAGUCGGUCAUUGAAUCAGCUCUGAGGCUGACCGUCGAGGGUCAACCAUCAAGCAAGACCAAUGACCCGUCAGACUUUGACUUCUUGGAUGCGGAAGUAUGGGACUCACAAAAUAGUCAACGCAGCCAGACCUCAAUCACCUUCAACGCGAUGAGACUUGACCUACGGCUCUGCCCAGACUCCUCGGCGUUGUUGGCGAAGUUUAGAUUGGAGCUGAUCACGGCCUUGCAAAGUGUAAAAUCGCGCGGUGCGCUCGAUCCUGCGCCUAGUUCCGUGAUUGUGAACGAGAUAUUGUCAUUGGAUGCUACCUCUCUUCUUGCAGCCCGUGGAGCUGUGCAAGAUUUCCUCGGUCUCAAUCCCGGCAUUGCUCGUGGCGACGCACAGAGUCUACUCAGCAACAUUGCGCAGAAAUUCUUGCAGGAUGAGGCUUAUGAAAGAUGCGAAGCAGCUCUCGUCUUUUGCCUCACUACCAUGCGUGGCCUAAUGGAACUUUGGUCAUCUCCGGAAGAAGACGACGAUCUCACCGGAAUCGCCCUCGACAUCUACUAUUGGUUCCUCAACAUUGCACUCGGUAAAGGUAUCGCAGGGCCGCGAGUGCUGUCUGUCAUGGCUGAACUGGUCGACGUUCUUUUGCAAAAGAAUGUUUCCUUCCGAGGGGAAGACCUUCCCUCGCCUAGAACAACACUACUUCAAAUCCUGCAAUUCAGCAAUGCGGCGAAGAAGUACCAGGUUGCAGGAAAGCUGUCACGAAUAUUUGAAAAGUAUGUCUCCACACAACACCAAGCGAUCUUUGAUGACAUUGUUGAGAAUCUACCGUCCGAUCCUGACAAGAAAGAGGGAAUUGCUGUGCGACUUUAUGUUGUAGCGGCGCUGGGUGCUCGUUGGCACACAGUGCUGCGGCAGGCAACUUAUCAUUUGUUUGAAACUGUUGCCAACGUACCUUCGAUUACUCCACUGGCGGCUGUCUGCAUUGAGAAGACAUGCGGAGCACUUGAGCUCAGACAACCGAGACAACUCUUCAAUCUGUUCGCUCCGCAGAUAUUCUAUACCUGGUUGUCGAAGGAGACUUUGUCCAAGAUUCCAUACCGUGCCUUCAAGUACGCAUCUCUGCAAGACUUGAUCUUUGACAACAUUGCGGAGCUUACCGGGCAGAUAUCUCUUCGUGGUUUCAGCCAUGCUGCAGAGCUGACAGAGGUGGUCAAGCAAGACUGGAAAUCCUUGCUGGUGGAAGAAUUCUCGUUUGCCGAAGCAUACGCGCUUUCCUCAGAAUCGAGUUUGCCCAAACAGGAGCGACUGUACGAUGGGUCUGAAAAGUUGAUCCGCAAGGAAGUCGGGUCUGACCUUUACGUGAAAUUACUCGGCCAGAACCUGCCUGAGAUAAUCUCGCGUCUCAUUAUAUCACUCCAAGACGAUCGAGGGAUCGACAAGAUGCUCGAGAAGAAUCAACAUAUGGGAGGUUUUGAGGCCUGGAACGAAAUGCACAGUGCUUCCACUUCCAACACUCAACCUCCUUUGGCACAACAACCAUCUUUUCGCGCCAGAUGCCUCCUUGACGAAUUGAACUACUUGUAUCAGCGCCUCGAACUACAAGCAAGCGAAGUAUGGACCUCUGCCUUGCUGAUACAUGUCUACAGACAGCUACUCGAUAAUGCAGAACCAGCCCUAGGUCCAUUGCAUAUCUGCAGCAUCAUCCGGAAGAUUCGCAUUGCCAUCAGCUUGGCUGGCCCCAUAGCUUUACAGGGUUACCCUCUGGAAAUGCUUCUCCACAACCUCCGCCCUUACCUGACUAUGUUUGAUUGUGCUGAAGAUACAAUGGGCAUCUACAAAUACCUCCUCAAUCAUGGUAAGCCAUUCCUCGGUGGCAACUUGUCGUUUGUAGCUGGCUUGGGAGUGGCUGUCUUCGCCUCUCUUGUCGGCUUCAUCAGUUCUUCACAAGACAGUACCACACAAGAGAGUCAUUUCUUGUCAACGAUGACGAAAGCGCAAGACUUCAGAGCUUUUCUCGGUGGUUACCUGGAGUCACUGAACCACCCGGAAGCAUCUGAAGAGCCACAGACAACUUUCGGUUCGCUGGUGCAACACGCAAAGGCCAUCACUGCCGCAGGCAACAGUUCAAAGAGUACAAGCGAAGGGAGCCUGCUCUACGUCCUUCUUUCAGACCGCAGCACAAAAUCUCCGCUUUUGGCUGAUCUUCAUUUUGACCUUGCCAUCGAGAUCUUAUGUCGAGAUUUCGUCCCAGCCACGGACCCCACAGAUGAUAUUCUCGGGGAUGACCGUGAUGCAGAAAACUUCUCGAGAAUACUCAAGACUCUGAUCAGGAGACUUGAUUUGAACCCGUCAUUUCUCCUGUGGGCCACCGAAGCAAUCGGUAGGGGUCAUGUCAUGCAAGGCUUGGUCUUCAACGCGAGCAGCGAAAAGUCCGCCGAGUACCCAGCGGAGAUUGAGCCGGCUGGGCAAGAUCAGGAAGCCAUACAUUCCUACACAAGCAUCCUGCAGUACUUGGCUGAUAUGGUCUGGAAGUUCAGUCCGGCUGAAUCGGCUUCUGCUGAGAGAACGUUACAGCUCAUCUUCAGUGCCCUUGAUAAGAGGAGCCAAGAUGCUGUUCUGCAACCCGACUUCAACAGAGCGUUCGUCCAAGAGCUGAGGUUCAAGAAGUUCCCUUGCCCUCCUACCCGACAUUCUCACGACUUGAAGAUUUCCUCCACCUCCGCUGAAGCAUAUGAGCCUUGGGCGGCGGACCUACUCAAGAAGAUGUGUGGAACAGCCACCCACGACCCUGUAUUGAGUUUUCUCAAGCCUCUGCUGGCUGCGGUACCGUCUUCAGCCGGUAUAUUGCUGCCCUAUACUGUGCAUUUAAUCUUACUCCAUGAGGUCAAUGGUCAACAAGUGUGGAAAGACAAGCUUGCCCAGGAAUUUUCCCGAGUUAUGAGCAUCAACACAAACUCCACGAGAGUAGCUUGUCGGCUAUCGCUCAAGACGCUAUUAUACCUGCAAAGAUGCCGACAUCCUAACGAGUCCAAUCUAGCCCAGAGAAACGCUUGGCUCGAGAUAGACUUUGGUGAUGCCGCUGUCGCCGCAGCUGAGUGUCAGAUGUGGCAUGAAGCCCUCUUACUCUCAGAAUUGCAGCAGACUCAGACCCAGCUCCAGUCGGGACGCUCUUCCCGGAAGUCGUUCGCAAUAACAAAUGCUAUGCCAGACGAUGUCGUGUCGAGGAUCUACGAGAAUGUGGACGACCCCGACUUUUUCUAUGGGAAGCGUGAGGACCUCGAUCUAACAGCAGUCAUAAGCAAGAUGAGCCACGAGGGCGCAAGUCAGAAGUCACUUUCCUUCCACAGUGCAAUGCUCGACUCACAGCUCAGGAUUAGUGAGCAGGCGGAAUCACUGACCCAUGUCGCACGGUUGACCGCGUCGAGCUUGAGUGCAGCCAAUAUGCAAGGUUUAUCAGAGGCCGUCAAGAAACAUUACGGAUAUGUGGACUACGUCGCAAAUAACAUGGAAAAUCAGGAUUCAAGCUUGUCGGGCCAGGAAUGGGACGUACAACCUGUUGAAGAUCACACUUUGUCUUCGUCGAGCAUGGCGUCCUUUCUUCGAAGCCUAAACGGCAACUUGAACAGAGAGAUCCUGAUCGGCGAAAUGGAUGACUCAUUCCUCGCCCUUGGAGCGGCAAUCAAGCAUGGGCUUUCUGACAAGAAACGUACUGGCGACGUCCUCUCACACUUGGCUGUGUUUGCAGAAUCCAAGCAGAUCAUUCAAGCAACGACCCUGGAGGGGUCAGGGUUGGCAUGGGCGGCCAUCGAGGAAAGAAACAAGCGAACCAAGCUUACAGAGUUUGGAAGACUGUCGCCCAUACUGGUUGGCAGAGAAGCCACUUUCGCUGCUAUCCGUCGAAACAACAACCUGCAAACUAUGGUCUCUCUGAACUCGCAUCAAGCGCUGCUGAACGAAGUCCGAGCUGUACGCGGAUCCCUCGACAUUGCGUCACAUUAUGAUGCGCCUCAAUUCUGCUUAAAUCGGACUAUGUACCUGUCUGAACUCAACCAAGUCGCUAUCCAGUCAGGACUAAAGAUCGACGUUGCCGUCCAGUACGAUCUCGCCAGGACUUUAUGGGCUCAAGACGAAGCAUCUGCGUGCAUUGGCAUUUUGCAGAAAUUGAAAGCCCGAGAUGACACUGCGAAACAAGCCAUUGCGGUCACCAAGGCUGAGAUAUUGACUGACUUGGGUCAUAAGGUCGCCGAAGCUCGCCUUGAAAAGCCUGACGAGAUCAUAGCGAAAUACUUCGUACCUUCCUACAAAGAACUACACGGCCGCGGCUCGGGCUCGGACGCUGGCAGAGUGUUCCACAAUUUUGCUGCUUUCUGCGAUACCCAGCUGCAGGACACUGACAACCUUGAUGAUUUCACUCGAAUCAGCAAAAUUAGAGACCGCAAACUUGCUGAGGUUCACGACCUCGAGCAAUUGAUCAAAAACCGCGGUAAAGAUGAAAGCAAAACACUGUUGAACCAUCUGCAAAGAGCCAAGACAUGGUUCAAACUCGACGAGCAGGAGUGGCAGCGCGUUCAAAAGAACCGGGAAGACCUCAUUCUCAAUUGUUUGGAGAACUACAUGCUCUCGAUGAGAGCCUCGGAUGACUACGCUAGUGACACCCUCCGCUUUGUCGCUCUCUGGCUUAAUCAAGCUGAAAGCGUGACGGCGAACGAGAUUGUAGGGAAGCAUCUUCCUUCGGUCCCGUCAGUCAAAUUUGCCAAUCUUGUCAACCAGCUCUCUUCUCGGUUACAGGACACCAAAGACAGCUUCCAGAAGCUCCUGAUGGGUCUGAUGUUUCGCAUUUGCUCUGAUCAUCCAUAUCACAGUCUGUACCAGCUCUUCGCGGCAAGCAAGAGCAAGGGACAGAAGCAGGAUGAAGUGGCAGUGUCCAGAAACGCUGCGGCGCUCAAACUCGCCGAACUGGUGAACAAGAAAAGCCCGUCUGCUGCGAUCUGGAUCGCGAUUCACAAUUCAUCCAUCGCGUAUCAUCGUGUUGCUUUGGAUCGAGUGUCUGAGAAAGAUGUCAAGACAGGAGCAAAGAUUCAGCUGCGCCAAUUGCCGUCGGCACAGAAACUCGAGCGCGCCUUGAAUGAGUCGACCAUAAAAAUUCCUCCACCGACGCUGAACACGCCGCUCCGAACUGAUCGAAACUAUUCACACCUGCCUACAUUCAGCCACUUUGACCAGCAAAUUUCCAUUGCAGGUGGUAUAUCGGCCCCCAAGAUCGUCACCACAAUCGCUUCAGACGGUUCUCGACACAAAAUGCUUCUCAAAGGUGGUAAUGACGAUCUCCGUCAGGACGCUAUCAUGGAGCAAGUCUUUCAACAAGUAUCGGACUUGCUGAAAGACCACCGCGCCACACGACAGCGGAAUCUGGGAAUACGGACUUACAAGGUGAUCCCAUUGACAACCAACACUGGUAUCAUCGAGUUCGUCAAGGAUACUAUACCACUUCAUGACUACCUCCUGCCAGCCCAUGCACGAUACUUUCCCAAGGACUUCAAGCCAGCCAAAUGCAGGAAGGAUGUUGGCGACGCACAGACCAAACCACUAGAUCAACGCAUUCGCGCAUACCGUCAGGUCACCGCCAACUUCCACCCAGUUAUGCGCUUUUUCUUCAUGGAGAAUUUUCAAGACCCUGACGACUGGUUCUACAAGCGUCUGAACUACAGUCGGUCGACAGCCGCCAUCAGUAUUCUCGGCCAUGUUCUGGGCCUGGGCGACCGGCACGGCCACAAUAUCCUCCUCGACGAAAAGUCCGGCGAAGUGGUACACAUCGACCUCGGCGUGGCUUUCGAAGCAGGCCGGAUCUUACCAAUCCCAGAAGUCGUCCCUUUCCGGCUGACGCGCGACCUAGUCGACGGAAUGGGCCUGACCGGUGUCGAAGGCGUGUUCCGACGCUGCUGCAAUUUUACUCUCGAAGCUCUCCGUCGCGAGCAGGAGGCUAUCAUGACCAUCCUUGACGUGCUGAGGUAUGACCCUCUGCAUUCGUGGUCCAUCUCACCACUGCGUCUGGCGAAGAUGCAGGAGAACAACGAGCAAGCUGAAGCUGCGGCCGGUGCCUCUGUGGUUUCGGGCGUCGGGUUCGCAGGGGGCGACCCUAUCGGUAUCGCAAGCCGGAGAGAUGCCAAUGAGCCGAGCGAGGCUAAUCGCGCGCUGACUAUCGUCGCGAAGAAGCUUGGGAAGGCACUGAGCGUGGAGGCCACGGUAAAUGAACUCAUUCGUCAGGCCACGGAUGAGAGGAAUCUUGCUGUCCUGUAUUGUGGAUGGGCUGCGUACGCAUAGGCAGUUUCUGUCAAGGAAUACUCUGGGUUGUCGCGGAAUAGCGUACACUUCUGUCAACCUUUGAACUUCUACUUUGUGUCUUUGACACUUGUUUCAGAUGUUUGUUUUCUGUGUGAAUAGGUGGAAAAGUUCGGGGUUUCUGUUUUACAGCGAGCAGGCGGUUGAGCGUUAUCUCUGGUUCAGCUUUCAUUUGAUAUUCAUUCAACACCAUCGUACAAUUAGCAGUACAGAUAUAGAUGUACAU